UUCCAAUUGGUACAUUCUACAAACCAACCCAAUCAACCGUGAGACAAUGGCUUUGACUGACCGGUAUCACAGUCUCGCCUAACUCUCAGCCCUCUUCCUCCCUUUCUUCUUCCAUUACAGAUUCAUCCCUUUCCACCACUUCCAAACCCUCAAUCUCUCCAUUUUCCCCUUUCCAAACAUCUCUCACUUUUCAAAUUCAACAACUCUACUUCACAACCUUCCCCUAGUAACCAUUCUUUACCCCAUUCUCAUGCUCUUCACAUUUUUGUUGAAUUUCCAUACUUUCACCAACUGGGUCUCUUUCAAAACUCUCCAGGGUCCAUAAUUCACCUUAAAGUUUCGAUUUUUACUGUUUUUUAUCGCCAAGUGUGUAUUCAAUUUUCCUUAGUUUCUAAGCUUUUGACAUGAUCUAUGAUACAUACUAGUUUUUGCUGAAUUUCUAAGCUUUAGCUUUGAUCUAGGGUUUGCAUUGUGAAAUUUUAAGAAACUACUAUUGUUCCAUGAUAUGCAAUUUAGUAUAUAGUGUUGUAAAAUAGUGGCUAUAGGUUAUGUAUGAAGCAAGUUAGUUUUUGAUGUUAUUUGUGUGGACUGUUAUUUGUUUGUAACAUUUUGUAAACAUGCUUGAAUUGAAGUAUAGGCAUUGAUGUCAUUUUUAUGUGGGCUUCCUAUACUUGAGUGUGUUUAUUGUUUGGGUUGUACUAGUUGGGUUUGGAAAAAGUGUCUGUAUACUGCCGGCUAUGAGAGUGAAAAUUGGGGUCUGGCUACUGCGGAAGAGUUUGAGCCUAUACCGCGAUUUUGUCGCAUGAUCUUAGCUGUUUAUGAAGAUGAUAUUCGUAACCCUCAGUGGGCUCCUGAAGGGGGUUAUGGGAUUAAUCCUGAUUGGAUAGUUUUACGGAAGGAUUACGGGGAUAACCAAGGUUGUGUUACUCCGUAUAUGAUAUACCUUGAUCAUGAUCGUGAUGAGAUUAUACUUGCUGUUAGUGGACUCAAUUUAGGGAAAGAAAGUGAUUAUGCGGUUUUGCUUGAUAAUAAACUAGGACAGACGGAAUUUCAUGGUGGAUAUGUUCAUAAUGGGUUAUUGAAGGCAGCGGAAUGGGUUUUUGAUGCGGAAUGGGAGGUUUUGAGGAAGCUAAUAGCAGAAUACCCGACUUAUAUGCUGACAUUUGUUGGACAUUCGCUUGGGGCUGGGGUGGUAGCAUUAUUGACAUUGCUAGCAAUUCGUAAUCGGGACAAAUUGGGGUUACAGAGAAACAAGAUAAAAUGCUAUGCGAUUGCUCCUGCUCGAUGCAUGUCUCUCAAUUUGGCUGUAAGAUAUGCGGAUGUGAUAAAUUCUAUUGUACUACAGGAUGAUUUUUUACCUCGGACAACCACUGCUAUGGAAACCGUCUACAGGUCACUUUUAUGUUGGCCUUGUUUAUUGUGUUUCUUGUGCUUAAAGGAUACUUGCACACUGGAGGAGAAAAAACUUAGAGACCCCAGGCGUCUGUAUGCACCUGGUCGUCUCUAUCACAUUGUAGAGCGAAAGCCCUUCAGGUUUGGAAGAUUUCCACCGAUUGUUAGGACAGCAGUACCUGUCGAUGGGAGGUUUGAUCAUAUAGUUCUUUCUUGCAAUGCAACUUCUGACCAUGCUAUCCUUUGGAUCGAGAGGGAAUCCCGACAGGCGCUCGAUUUAAUGCUAGAGAAAGAUCGACAUAUGGAUAUUCCCGCAGAGCAGAAGAUGGUGAGGCAAAAAUCUCUAGCUCGCGAACAUAGUCAAGAGUACCGCGCAGCCCUUCAGAGGGCAGUUGCUUUGGAUAUUCCUCAAGCAUACUCACCUUCCUCAUAUGGAACAUUUCAUGAAAUUGGCAUCGAAGAAGAAGAAGAAGAGUCCGAAAGAUCUAGUGGCAGAAGCUCCUCCUCGUCUCACAAGAAACAAUCGGAAGGUUGGAAUGAAUUUGUCGGGCGCAUGUUUGACGUGGACGACGCAGGUCAUAUGGUGUUCAAGAAGACAAAUCCUUAAAAUAUUUCUCUAUAUUAAGCUUAUUAGAGCCUUCUAUGAUUCUAAUUUGGUUCCAAGAAUGAAAAUUCACUGAUUUACAUCAAGCACUUAUUUUAGUGUAGUACAUGUUUUGUUGGGAUGUUCAUUUUAGUUUGCUUACAUGUGAAUAUUAUAACUUGAAAAAGCCUAUUUGGGUUAAUCUUCAAAGGAAGUGUUUGUAGAAAGAGAAAUAUGAAUACUAUUUUUGAUGUAUAAGAAUCACUUAUUUUGAUAUUCUUUUAAGUUGAUGAGCAAAA